AGCGGCGCUGUCGUCCAAUUUGCAUCGCCGUGUUCUUCGUCAGUGUUUGUUGUCGUCGCCUCGUUCGUCCUUAAUUUUAUUUCGUCCUUGUGCAACAAGAAGAAGAACCACAUCAACCAGGAUCAACCGCAACACGCAGUUUCCAAAUGCUUUAAAUCGAUUCGGCAAUAUCUAAAUACCUAAAAUCCUAGGAAAGUAAGACAAGCAGCGAAUCAGCAACAACAAUCGAAAACACCAAAAAAAAAAACCAAAAAAAGAUACACCCAAAGUCAAAGGAGGCUCGCAACAUUUUUUACAAAUUUGCAAUACAUUUUAAGUAAGCGGAAGAGAAGGAGCGUCUGUGUGUGUGUGGAUUGAAGGUCCUUGGCUUAUUUUGCCCCCGGCGAAACGAACUGCUGUUGGCCUUUUUUGUGGCAAAAGGAGGGACCUCAAUUGGAAUGGCUCUCUUGGGAGAUCGGCAGGACAUUAGGGAGCAGCAGCAGCAGGAUUAGGAUCAGGAUCGAGAUUAGGAUCACCAGUAAAUGCAAGCAAGUUUGGAGGACUAGGAAGGGAAGAAGGGAUCAGGAUUCAGGAGAUAGGAAACACGGAAAAGCAAUCAGGAAACAGGAAGCGGGAAAACCAGCCCAUCCAAUAAAACAAAAGGAAUCCAUUGUAUCGACAAAAGGCAAGCACUUUUUAAAUCAGAGAAGCGCCAAAGGGAAGUACUAUGACUACAUUGGAGGAGCCUGUCCAAGCGGUGGACACGGUGGAUCCGUGUCCCCCGGGGAUUCCCAAUCUGAAAACCGUUCUCAGCGACGAUGCCUCAAGCUCAUCGAUGCUGGAAGACAUCGAUGUGAGCAACACGAGCAGCAGUAGCAGCUCGAGUUCCAGCAGCUCCAGCUCCACCACCGGUUCCUGCUCGGGAUCGGCCACCGAUACGGACACCGGCAAGGGCAGCAGCGCUGUCGGCAGUCUGGAUGUUACCAGCUCUUCGAGCAUCGGUUCGGCGGCAUCCAUCUCAUCGACGGGCUCCACAGCUAUCGCAGGACCAUCCGGUAUGCUAGACGACUCCACCUCAUCGGGGCUGGGUUUGGUAGUGGAUGUGGACAGUACCGGGAGCAGCCAGGAGCUGAGCAGCCACGGCGUCACCGAGCUGGACUCGCUGGAGGACUCGUGCAGCGGCCUAAUGAUCAAGGAUGGGGAUAAGCUAUGCAAGCUGUGCAGCUUACGCCUCGUGAUGCCGCGCAUCUUAACUUGCCUGCACGUAUUCUGUGAGGACUGCCUGCAGGCAGUUGUUUCGAAGGACACGAUGGCGGCCAGCUCGCCCAACAGCUCCUCCUCGUCUUCGUUCGAUGGCAGCGAGCACCUGCACCGCCUGCCCGCUCUGUUCCUCGAGUGCCCCGUGUGCAAACAGGAGACACCACUGGGCCCCAAGGGGAUCAAGGCACUCCCUUGCGAUUAUAUCGUGACCAACAUACUGGAUCUCUCCAAUUUGGAGUCCGAGCACAUUGUGUGUACUUCGUGCAAGAGCAAAGAGGAGGCCAUUUCGCGUUGCAAUGAUUGCGCCAACUUUCUGUGCAAUGGCUGCGAUAACGCCCAUAAGUAUAUGCGUUGCUUUGAAAAUCACCAUGUUGUGCGCAUCGAGGAUCUGACGAAGAACGUCCACGACAAGCUGAUCAUUCAUAAGCCAGUGUGCUGUCGUCAGCACGUAAGCGAGAAUCUCAAGUACUACUGCUUCACCUGCCAGGUGCCUACGUGCAAUGAUUGCCUGCUAAGCGAUCACAAGGGCAGUGAUCAUCAUUAUGAGACGGCCUCGGUGGCGGAGCAGGCGGUGCGAGCCGAUCUCGAGGACACUCUAAGGGACACGCUCAAGAAGGCCGACUAUUGCAACGAUGCGGGUAGCAAUCUGGGCAGUGCCCUCACCGAACUUCAGUCACAGCACGAUACGGUGCGCCAACAAAUCGAGGAAGCCUACAAGAGCUACAAGCGCAUGCUGGAAUCGAUCAAGGAGCAGAUGUUAAACGAGCUGGGACGCCUGCACUCGGAUCGCGAGCUAAAGAUCAUGGAUCUAAUGCAGAGCUUGGAGAAUACAAUGGGAAAGCUACAGCACGCUGCCCAAUUCGGACAGCGGGCUAUCGACAAGGCCAAUGCCGUAGAGUUUCUGCUGCUGAAGCCCAUCAUCAGUGCCCAGUGCGUGAAUCUCAUGGAGCAGACGCCCAAGUGUGAUGUCAACUAUCAGCUGCAGUUUGACUCGAAGCCAGAGAUGUUCGAGCAAUUCGCCAGGGAGAUGUUUGGCAAAUUCCAAACGGAUCAGAGUGACUCUAGUCCCAAGAAGCAAGAGAUGACCCAGCAGUUGCAACAGCAACAUCAGGUACAACAGCAACAUCAGCACCAGCACCAGCACCAAGUGCAGCAACAACAGCAACAGCAGCAUCAGCAGCAACAACAGCAACAGGUGCAACACCAACAGCAGCAGCAAAAGCUGCAGUUGCAGCAACAACAGCAGCAUCAACACAGCUCGAACAAUUUGAUUGUAGGCCAUCGGGGCAGCUCCUCUGUCCAAGGGCGCCUGACCUCAGCUGUAUUCAGCCCCAUCUCGUUGCCCUCCUCACUGCAGAGUUCCUUUGAUGGCGACACCAACUCGGUGAUGACCAAUUUCUCCAUGAUGGACUCGCCGUCGCAGCCAUCUUCGCAGCAGCAAUUGCCAUCUGCCCAGCAGCAGCAGCAGUCUCAGCAGCAGCAGCAACAACAGCAGCAGCAACAGGCGGCGGUGCUGCAGCAGGUGCAACAGCAGCAAAAGCACCAGCAACACCAGGUGCAGCAGCAGCAACAGCAGCAGGUGCUGCACCAGCCACCAUCGGCUCAGUCGAUGCCCCAGCAGAUGGGUCAGCUCGUUGCACAGCAGGGAAUUGUCCAGCAGGCUGGACAUGUCAAUCUCAACGCUGGUCCCGGCCCAAACAUAUCCAUCAAUGGCCUGGGCGCCGGUGGCCCGCCACCCAGUUUCAGCAUGCUGGAGUACAAUAUCUCACGACUGGCCAGCUUGACGGAACCAAUGCCAGACACCCUCAACGAUGCGCUGGCCGUUGGAGGAGGAGCAACUGGACCCGGUCCGAAUGGUGUUGCCCAAGUGCCUGGUGGUUCGGCCGUUACCGGUGGAGCCGUAGUGGGUGCACCGCAUGCGCAGCAUCAGCAAUCGCAGGCCGUAAUACCGGCAUCGGCGGUGACUCCCACGCAGCCAAUUACCCUGGCGGACAUCCUAUCGGGCGACCAGAGGGCGCUCAACAAUCUCCAGGCGCUGGCCAAGCUGGGACUGAACAACAAUGAUUUCUGCAUGCCACCGGCCACAUCGCCCAGCCUGCAGUCCCUCACCCCAAUCGUGGGUGGCGUGGAGGACAUGGGACUCAAUAACUUCCAUGCCGUUGCUACGCCGGGCACCACCAGUGUGGUUACCGGCCGAAACAAGGCCACUCCGAUGCAGAUCCGCUGCAAAUUCGGUUCUCUGGGCACCGCCAAGGGUCAGUUUAAUUCACCCCAUGGAUUUUGCCUGGGCGUCGACGAGGAGAUCAUCGUGGCGGACACGAACAAUCAUCGCAUCGAGGUCUUCGACAAGAUGGGCGCCCUCAAGUUCCAGUUCGGUGUGGCCGGCAAGGAGGAGGGACAGCUCUGGUAUCCGCGCAAGGUGGCCGUGAUGCAUAACAAUGGAAAAUUUGUGGUCUGCGAUCGUGGAAACGAGCGCUCUCGCAUGCAAAUCUUCUCCAAGUGCGGACACUUUAUGCGCAAGAUCGCCAUCAGAUACAUUGAUAUCGUUGCGGGUUUGGCUGUCACAGCUAAGGGCCACAUCGUGGCCGUGGACAGCGUGUCGCCCACCGUGUUUGUGAUCUCCGAGGAGGGCGAAUUGGUUCGCUGGUUCGACUGCAGCGACUACAUGCGCGAGCCCUCCGACAUUGCCAUACGAGACAACGACUUUUACGUGUGCGACUUCAAAGGCCAUUGCGUGGCCGUUUUCCAGGACGACGGCACAUUCCUCUAUCGCAUUGGCAACGAGAAGGUCACCUGUUUCCCCAAUGGCAUUGAUAUAUCGAAUGCCGGGGACGUGCUCAUCGGCGACUCGCACGGCAAUCGCUUCCACGUCGCCUGCUAUUCCCGCGAGGGCGUCCUUCAGUCCGAGUUCGAGUGUCCCCAUGUGAAGGUUUCCCGCUGCUGCGGACUGAAAAUCACAUCCGAGGGCUAUGUGGUUACGCUGGCAAAGAACAAUCAUCAUGUUCUAGUCCUGAACACCCUCUAUGUUCACUGAUUGCAAAUCAAAGCGCGCAAUAAUCGUCCAUCAGUCGAUAUGAACAAAUAUAACUACAAAUACUCGUCGGGCAAGAUAUACGGAUGUCGACGUCAGCAGCAAUCAAACAACAACAUCAACAGCAACGUUAACGUUAACGUUAACGGCAACGGCAACACCAUCUGCAACAGCAACAGCAACAGCAAUAGCAGCCCCAGCCUCAAUCUCUUAGCAAAGAGUCAACAUACCCUAAACUGCAAUAGCAACAGUCAACUGAACAACAUGAGCAGGAUAAGCAGCAUGAGCAACAUUUGCCUCAUUGGCAGCAACAGCAACAGCCACACCAAUCAACACCCAUCGAUUGCAACAACAUCAGUCGUCUAAUGGGAGCGAUAAGCAAAAAUAAGCACAACAAGCUGAAACAUUGACAUUAUCGACAGCAGAUAGCGGAUGCGAUUAUCCAAAUGGGGGUGUAUGUAUAAUGAAAAAUGUGGGGAAUGCUAAUGAACUAAAUAGGAAUGAAGAACUA